GACCAACCACAAGAAAAAAACAAGAGUGCAUUGACUCAUUGUGAGUGUUUCUUUUAUUUUAGGGGGGGAAAAAUGCAUUGAGUUUACCACUUCAAUAAACCAAACUCACAAAGCAAAGUAGACAAACAAAUGUCAAAAACCAAAAAAAACCAAUAACACCAUUUAAGUGUAGAACUUUUGCUUACCAUCUUCUUCUUCUUCAGUCUGUCCACCAUAAAAACAUAUAAAAAUGCCAAGUAGUGUUUGUCCAUGUUUCUUUGGUAGCCGAGUCUCUGAGUCUGACUCGGCCGAGUUAGCAGAUAGAGACCCGGUUGUUUUAGUGUCGGGUAUGGGUGGAUCCAUAUUAAACUCUAAAUCCAAGAACAGUAUCUUUGGUUUUCAAACACGGGUUUGGGUCAGGAUUUUCUUGGCUGAUUUACAAUUCAAGAACAAACUUUGGUCCCUCUAUAAUCCCACCACUGGUUAUACUGAGGAAUUGGAUAAAAACUCUGAAAUUGUGGUGCCUGAUGAUGAUCAUGGAUUGUAUGCAAUUGAUAUAUUGGAUCCUUCAUUGUUUGUGAAAUGUGUCCACUUGACAGAGGUCUACCAUUUCCAUGAUAUGAUUAAUAUGCUUGUUGAAUGCGGAUAUGAGAAGGGCACCACUUUGUUUGGCUAUGGUUAUGAUUUCCGGCAAAGCAAUAGGAUCGACAAAUUGAUGGAAGGUCUUAAAGUAAAGCUGGAAACUGCAUAUAAAGCUUCUGGAGGAAGACAAAUCAACUUGAUUUCACAUUCAAUGGGUGGAAUACUGGUCAAGUGUUUCAUGGCACUAUAUCCUGAUAUAUUCUCCAAGUACGUUAAUAAGUGGAUCUGCAUAGCUUGCCCGUUUGAAGGUGCACCGGGAUAUAUCAAUGAUGCUCUCUUAACUGGGCUGCAAUUCAUUGAAGGAUUUGAGAGUUACUUUUUUGUGGGAAGGUGGACUAUGCACCAACUGGUGACAGAGUGUCCGUCAGUCUAUGAGAUGUUGCCAAAUCCAGAAUUUGAGUGGAAAGAGGUUCCCAAAAUCUGUGUUUGGCGUAAAGGAUCUCCAGAUGAGGAUGAGUCGUCUCCUGCGAAAUUUGAAUCAUAUGGUCCACUUGAAAGUAUCAGUCUCUUUGAGGAGGCUUUGAGGGAUAAUGAGCUCAACUACAAUGGAAAAAUGGUUGCUCUUCCCUUCAACAAAGCUAUUCUCAAAUGUGCUGCUGGCACUCGACAUCUCCUCGACAAAGCCAAGAUGCCAGAAGGAGUUAGCUUUUACAACAUUUACGGAACUUCAUUUGACACCCCUUUUGAUGUUUGCUACGGUUCAGAAACGUAUCCUAUCGACGACUUGUCAGAAAUAUGUCAUACACUGCCUGAAUAUUCUUAUGUUGAUGGUGAUGAAACUGUCCCUGCUGAAUCCGCACAGGCCGACGGAUUUGCUGCUGUAGAAAGAGUUGGAGUUGCUGCUAAUCAUCGAGCACUUUUGUGCAACGAUGCCGUGUUUGAGCUUUUACAGAAAUGGUUGGGUGUAACUGUAAGCAAACCGAAGCAUAUGAAACAUUCAAGAACAUCCAAAGUCAUGGAUGCUGUUGUAUCAUAAUCAUAUACCAUCGAUAGCACGUAGACUGCAGCAAAUGUAACUUUAUAAAGGAGGCAUUGUUAAUUGCCAUAAUUUCCUUGUAACAAAAAACAUGUUCAUAUCACCCUUAAGGUUGCAUUCUAAAUUUGUAUACGAAAAGAAAAAGUUGGAAGAGAAAUAUCUUGAAACAUUAUUAAUAUGUGUGGGUAAUUUUUUCCAUGAAUAAUGUAAAAAGGAGUACUAACUUCU